AUCUCCAGUCGGCUGAAAAUACGCUUAAUAAACGCAACGGCGUAAAAUUACAUCAUUGUGUAUCAGGUAUAGAAAAAUGGUUUGAGAUAAAUUUUAAUGACAGUUAGUGCGUUGUAUACCGACACCCUUCGCCACUAAUACAAAUAUUUAUUCACUCGCAUGAUAUAAUAUGAUGUAUACAUGCUACAUAUUUAUUUAUCGAAAUUAAAAACUGUGUCGAGUUUGGAGACUAAAUAUUGUACAGUGCAUGUAUAUAUAAUGGGGGAAACCCCGGUCUUCAUUAUGAUUCGUUGCGACUGGUUCGACGCUCGAUUCGAGCCUCCAAAAGCAUAACAACAACAACAACAACACACAACAGUUUGUUAUGCAUUCACUAUACGUAUGUUUUACGUAAUUUGUACUUAAAGUAAAAGUUUACGUGUAAUUCAGGCCGUCAAAGAAGCUGUAUAGUUGAGUGUCUGACUGUUUUAAACAGUGUAUUCAAUAUCAGCUGUAUCUGACUUGUAGAAGAAGUAAAUAGGAAUUUCUACUCUCAAUUAAUUUUGAAUUAUGUGAUAGUAUCUUGCUAAAUAAUACUAUUGAAGAUAAAAACAUCUUUUAAUCAGCAAACCCAUAAAAAUAUGGAGUCAUUCGUCCGGGGAAUGCUAAGAGUGGGAUUAAUUUUGAAAAAUGGAUCAAAGGUUACGAAUUCAACUGUAAGAAAAUAUGCAUCGACUUUAACAAAAUGUAAGAUGAUUGAAGGUAAUUAUGGUGAGCAGAUUUUUUCAUCAUGUUAUGAAGAUAUUGAGAUACCUUCAUUAACUAUUCCUGAAUAUUUAUGGCAGAAGUUGGAAAAAUGGCCAAAAAGAAUUGCUGUUGAAUGCGGAAUAACAGGAAGGAAAUACACAUAUGCAGAAGCAAGAGACAGUGCUAAUUAUAUUGCAAGAAGUCUAAUAAAUAUGGGCUUAAAAAAUGGUGAUAUAGUGGCAUUAAUAUUACCAAAUUUACCAGAAAGCCCGAUUUCAUUCCUCGGUAUUUUAGAAGCUGGACUAGUUUGUACAACUGUCAAUCCUCUGUACACUGUCGAUGAAAUUUCCCGACAACUACAGUCAUCUGGAGCAAAAGCAAUUAUUACUUCCACUGAAAUUGCAUCCAAUGUAAUGAUUGCAGCAAAAGCAAGUCUUCCUCCGAAUUCACCUUUUAUAGUUGUCGAAGAUACAGACCGAGUUUUACCUACAGGAUCAAUUCCUUUUAAGGAUCUCAUAACGAAAGGAAAAACAUUACCACAAGUGCAGGUAAAAUCUCGAAAUCCUCAGGAUCUUGCCGUACUGCCAUAUUCGAGUGGAACUACAGGUCUUCCAAAAGGAGUAAUGUUAUCUCACCACAAUUUAAUAUCCAAUAUAAUAAUGACUGAUUCUAGCUGUGACUUCAUACAAGUGUCAGAUGACUUUCAAGAUGUCAUUCCAACAGUUUUACCUUUAUUUCAUAUAUACGGUAUGAACGGUUUAAUGCUGCCAAGAAUGUGCGCAGGAGCUAAAUUAAUUACCCUUCCAAGUUUUACUCCUGAUACAUAUAUAAAUGUAUUAUCAAAGAAUAAGUGUACAUUAAUUUUCAGUGUACCCCUUAUCGUUUUGUUUUUUGGUGCACAUCCAGCAGUCAAAGCCGAAUAUUUCAAAAACGUAAGAGCUAUUUUUAGCGGCGCAGCACCAUUAGCUGGAUCAGAUGUAGAAAGAGUUUAUGAAAAGUUUAAUUUAACUCCUGAUCAAUUGCGAAUCCUUCAAGGUUAUGGCUUAACCGAAUCUUCACCGGUGUCAUUUUUAGAAAUGUCGAAUACUAAAUUUUCAAGUAUUGGCCAUCCUGUUAAUAAAUGCAAAGUACGAUUGGUUGAUUCAAUAACCGGUAAAGAUGUUGUUACACCAGGUCAAACUGGAGAAAUUUGGAUAAAGGGUCCCCAUGUGAUGAAAGGAUACUUUAAAAAUGAAAAAGCGACAGAAGAAACUUUACAAGAUGGGUGGUUAAAAACGGGUGAUAUUGCUUACUGUGAUGAAGAUUUUGCCUUUUUUAUAACUGAUAGAUUGAAAGAAUUAAUAAAAGUCAAAGGAUUUCAGGUACCCCCCGCCGAAUUAGAAGCGGUAUUAAGAACGCAUCCUGCGGUAGCAGACGCUGCUGUUGUUGGAGUAGCUGAUCCACGAUCUGGAGAAGUACCGAAGGCGUUUGUUGUAUUGAAACCAAAUCAAUCGGUAUCUACAGAAGACAUACAAAACUUCGUAAAAGGAAAAGUUUCAGAGUACAAAGAACUAAGAGGAGGUGUCAGUUUCAUCAAGGAAAUACCAAGAAAUGCAAGUGGAAAAAUAUUGAGGAUGCAUUUAAAAAAUUUAUGUUAGGAAUCGAGUACUUAGUUUGUAUAAAAAAAAAAAAAAAACUGUAAUUAUAUUGAUAAUAAGUAUUUAAGUGAUAUAUAAUGUUUAUAUCAAUCGUUAAAGCAUCAAAACGCUUUGAAACUAAUGGAAUAAAGUAAGAUUACUUAUAUUAAAAUAAAAAAUCAUACUUACAGGUA